UAGUUUCCGCUUCCUGUUCGUCUCGCAAAUCGAUUAAUUUUGUCGUUUGUCGCUACCCGUACACGUCCCUCUCGGUUGUCUGGUAGAGAAUCCGAAGAUGGCUGAAGCUCCCCCACGGCUCUGCCGGUUUUUCUGUCACCGAUGUUCAGCAGAGAUCAACCCUCGUCUCCCGGAGUACACAUGUCCGCGGUGUGAAUCUGGCUUCAUUGAAGAGCUAUCAGUGGAGAGAAGCACUGAAAAUGGGUCCACAUCCACUGCCUCCACCAGCGAUCAGAACCGUCCGACUUUUGAGAGUAUGGACCACCAGCACAUGUUUACAUUUCCACCCGGAUACGGCCAGUUCGCUCUGGGGAUUUUUGACGAGAAUUUUGACCUCCGAGCGGGCCUGCCAGCAGAAGACAACCGCGAGACGGAGAACCGACGGGAACGGGAGAUGGCGUCACGGCAACGGUACAGCGCUCGGCAACCACAGGGACGACACAUGCCACGGCGACCGGGACAGAGACACGAAGGAGUGCCCACAUUAGAGGGAAUCAUCCAGCAGCUAGUGAAUGGAAUCAUAGCACCCACAGCCAUGCCAAACAUUGCAAUGGGACCAUGGGGCAUGCUACACUCAAAUCCAAUGGACUACGCUUGGGGUGCCAAUGGACUUGAUUCUAUCAUUACCCAGUUAUUAAAUCAGUUUGAGAACACUGGUCCUCCUCCUGCUGACAGAGAGAGGAUAAAGAACCUGCCCAGCAUCCAGAUCACAGAGGAACAUGUGGGUUCCAGUUUAGAAUGUUCUGUGUGCAAGGAAGACUACAGUGUAGGGGAGACUGUGAGGCAACUUCCGUGCAAUCACCUGUUUCACAAUGACUGCAUAGUACCAUGGCUGGAACAGCACGACACAUGUCCAGUGUGCAGAAAGAGCCUCAGUGGACAGAACACAGCCACGGACCCCCCGGGACUUUCAGGAAUGAACUUCUCCCCUUCCUCCUCUUCCUCAUCCUCUUCCAGCUCCCCCAGUAACGAGAACGCUGCCAACAACUCCUAGAUCUCCAUCAUACCUCGAUCAUACCACCUGCACACAAACACCUCACCCCCACCCCAGGCAGACUUUCACCCCCACUCUACCACUGGCUCAGGAGAGUCUGGAGGGCCGCCCCUCUCAGUGCUCUCUUUAAGGCCCACUGGGAGAAGCUGCUGGGGAGAUGACUCUACUCUGGAGGUGAAACGAUAAACACAAUAUGGACUAUGAGACGUUAUUUUAAUUGAAUUUGAUCCCCUUUCUAUUGUGAACUUUGAACACACGAUCAUUCCUUCCCAGGUGUGAGGACUGGAGUGGAUGCCGUCACCAGUAUUGUUGCGAUGCUUCUGUAAAAGGAGAGAGUGAAGAUGAAACUGGAGAAGGGUCCAAACAGGUUGUGGUGUAUAAUAGUAUCCACGUUUGAACCGCAGUGGACUGCGACUUGACUGAGACAUUGUCAUGUCUUUUUGCCAUAAGAUGGGGACACAUUUUAUAUUUAAAGAGAAAGUGUUAAGUUUUUUUUUUUUUUUUUACUCAACUGUGGUGGUACAGACUUCCAUGCCGAAGGAGAGAGAUAUGUGUACAUAGAGGUAUUCAUAUUUAAGGACAUUAACAAGCAGGUCAGUCACUGUACAGCCAACUGAAGAAUACAGAGAGAACUAAGAGAGAACUGAGUGUAUGCAUCUGAUUUUAGAAUUAUUUAUUUGCACUUUUCUGUUGCACUACAUUCUGUUUGGUUUCAGGAUUGGGAAUUUUGGGAAACUACAACUGAACAAAAAUGUUAUUGCAUCUCUGAACUUUUCCUCAUUAAUUUUAAUGCUCAUAUUGUCGUUCUCACAUUAAAGUCUCAAUUUAUCAGCA